AUGUCUGAACGAACAACUUAUUUCCCUCUCUUUGGGGGCCCCAGAGAAUGGGCACCUAAUGACUGGACAGCCUCUGACGACCACGUUCGAGGGGGGUCAUCUCAUUCCAUUCUUACCUGUUGUCCAGACUCGUCUAUCGCUAGUUUUCAUGGGAAUCUCGAUGUCACGACCCUGGGAGGUGCAGGCUUCGCAUCACAGCGUACGACAGGGCAGCAGCGGUUGUGGGAUCUCUCCAACUACGACGGACUAGAAUUAGCUGUCAACCAUGCCGACGGAAAACUCUACACCAUCACGCUAAAGAAUGAGAUUCUUCCCAAGAGACCAGACGGGAGAGAACAAAGUACCUUGAGUUGGGAGUAUGAUUUCCGGUCGAAGACUCCGCAGACUAUCCUCAUUAGAUGGGAUGAUUUCAAGCCGACAUACCGGGGGAAGAAAGUGCGGGACACAAAGCCCCUGGAUCCUGGUAAUGUGAAGAGAGUGAGCAUCAUGAUUCGAAGUUUUUUCGGUGAACAGCAAGGCGAGUUUUCUCUUGAGAUUGUUUCCUUAGCCGGGUUUCGGAUAGAGCACUACCUGGAUGACCCGGAAAAGGCGGAUUCGGUGAGUCUGGCUUUGGAUGGAAAGACGGGCAAUGCUCCAGAGACUAGAAAGCACUGGGGAGUGCUGGCAUGGCUCGGUCAAUGUUUUGGUUCACGAUGA